AUGGGCGACUCCGGCGGCUCCGUCGUGUCUAUUGACGUCGAGCGCAUCUCCUUCGGCGGGAAGGUCCUUUCUUAUAUGUUUGCACAUGAAGAAUUUUCUACAAAAUCAGCAAACAGUUGUGGAAGAAACGAGUUUACUGUAGACGAACAAGAACAUCAUAUACAAACAAAACAUGGACCUGUAUCUGUUGCUGUGUAUGGUGACCAUGAUAAGCAUGCCCUUAUUACUUAUCCAGAUGUUGCUUUGAACCAUAUGUCUUGCUUCCAAGGACUACUAUUCUGCCCGGAGGCUGCCUCACUGCUGCUCCAUAAUUUUUGCAUUUACCAUAUAAGCCCCCCUGGACAUGAGUUAGGAGCCACUCCGAUUUUACCAAACAGUCCUGUGGCAUCAGUUGAUGAGUUAGCGGAUCAGGUUGCAGAAGUACUUGAUUUCUUUGGAUUGAGUUCUGUUAUGUGCUUAGGUGUCAGUGCUGGUGCAUACAUUCUUACUCUCUUCGCAACAAAGUAUAGGGAGCGUGUGCUAGGUCUUAUCCUCGUUUCACCUCUAUGUAGAACUCCCUCAUGGACUGAGUGGUUUUAUAACAAGGUGAUGUCGAAUUUGUUGUAUUAUUACGGGAUGUGUGACGUUGUGAAGGACUGUUUGUUGCAGCGUUACUUUGGCAAGUUCCUAGAUCAACGGCAAAGCAUGAAUAUAUGGCGGUUUAUCCAAACAAUCAAUCAGAGACAUGACUUGACAGAAAGCCUGAAGCAUCUGCAGUGCAGAACUCUGAUAUUUGUCGGUGAGAACUCGCAGUUCCACACUGAAGCUGUUCACAUGACUGCAAAACUUGAUAAGAGAUACAGUGCUCUCGUUGAGGUGCAAGCGUGCGGGUCCAUCGUGACGGAGGAGCAGCCGCACGCGAUGCUGAUACCAAUGGAGUACUUCCUCAUGGGAUACGGCUUGUUCAGGCCGAGCCAUGUGAGCUCUAGCCCUCGCAGCCCUUUGAACCCGUUCUGCAUAUCGCCGGAGCUCCUCUCGCCCGAGAGCAUGGGCGUGAAGCUGAAGCCGAUCAAGACGCGGGCCAAUCUCAGAGUGUAG